AUGGCCCCAGACGGCCGAACACCCAUUGUCAUCUUGGACAGCGACGACGAUGACUCGGCGAACGAUUCGACGAUAGUCCCUCAUGUCAAAGAAGAAGACAAGAAGCGCAAAGCCGAGCCCUCGUUCUCAGAAAAGAUAGAAUGGACCGAUGAAUCCGACUCUGUCCCCGUGGCGAGACCGAAAAAGAAGCGCGCAAAGAGGAAAUCAGCGCCAAAAAGAAGAAGUACGGGCUCUGGAGGGCCAGCAACAAACGCCGACGAUGUUGUGCUUGAAGAUGACUGGCAGCUCGGGCUACCCGACUAUUUGAUUGAGCGGCGACAAGAAUUCGACGCCAACCGGAAGAAACAUCAUGAGGCGGCUCUCAUGCUACCACCAGACUACACCGGUAUAGAUCUUGGUGAUGACAAUGGCAUCGGGAACCUCAGCGAGCGCCCCGUUUUUCCUCCUAAUAGUGGCAUCAGGCCAGUGCGGGCGUACGAGGACAUUGAGCUCCCUCAAUCUGCCGGCUUGAUUCCCGCACCCAUUGCCCAAUAUCUGCGCGACUAUCAAAUCGAAGGUGUUAAAUUUCUGCAUCGCAAGUUUGUCUAUCAGGAGGGCUGUAUUCUCGGUGAUGACAUGGGCCUGGGCAAAACAGUGCAAGUGGUCGCUUUCUUGACCGCCGCAUUUGGCAAAACGGGUGAUGAGCGGGAUAAGCGAAGGCUCCGACAAAUGCGAUGGUAUAGCGUUGAUCGAUGGUAUCCGCGCAUCUUGAUCAUAUGUCCCGGGUCACUCCUCGUAAACUGGAAGAAUGAAUUGAAUCGUUGGGGCUGGUGGCAAGCUGAGAUCUACCAUGGGCCCAAUAAAGACGAUAUUCUCGGCACAAUGAGAGCAGGCAUGUCGGAAAUCAUGAUUACAACCUACGACACAUACAAGAAUAGUCGCAGCGCUGUCAACAUGGUCCAGUGGGAUGCCGUCAUCGCCGACGAAUGCCACAAACUCAAAGGACACAAUUCCGAAACGACCAAGGCCAUGAAUGAGAUCAAUGCGCUCUGCCGCAUUGGACUCACUGGCACGGCCAUUCAAAACAAAUACGAAGAGCUCUGGGCCCUGCUUGACUGGACCAACCCUGGCAAUUUCGGUACUAGAUCAGAAUGGAGCCAGACAAUCAGCAAGCCGCUUACCGUCGGUCAAUCUCACGAAGCUACAUUGGCUCAGCUGAGCCUCGCAAGACAGACGGCCCAGAAACUAGUCAAUAACUUACUUCCUCGCUACUUUUUACGGCGAAUGAAGAGCCUCAUUGCCGAUCAGCUGCCAAAAAAGACGGACCGUGUCGUUUUCUGCCCAUUAACCGACCUACAAAAACAAGCAUACGACAACUUUCUCGAUAGCGAUGAUGUCUCCACCAUACGAGACAUUUCAGAGACGUGUGAGCAUGAGAAGAAAUCGGGCUGGUGCUGCGGAAAAUAUCUCAGCAACGGUCGGACCUGGCAGAGCGCCGUCUUCCCCAGCAUGAUGUCUCUGCAGAAGCUCUCCAACCACCUGACGCUUCUCGUGCCGUCGGCGACUGAUCUGGACGGCAAGCAGGAUUCAGAGCUUAACACGCUCCAGAUCUGCAUGCCGGACAAAUGGCAGAGCCUGUAUGCACAGCGCGACCAGAUUGGCAAUCUCGUUAAUCCCGAGUUUUGCGGGAAAUGGAAGGUUAUGAAGAAGCUGCUCAAAUUUUGGCACAGCAAUGGCGAUAAAGUGCUAGUCUUCUCUCAUAGCGUGCGCUUGCUGCGUAUUUUGCAGCACCUCUUUACAAACACGAGCUACACAGUAAGCUAUCUAGAUGGUACCUUAAGCUAUGAGCAGCGACAGGAAGUCGUCGAUACGUUCAACUCGGACCCGACACAGUUUGUUUUUCUCAUUUCCACCAGAGCGGGUGGUGUCGGCCUCAACAUUACGUCGGCCAACAAGGUUGUUAUUGUCGACCCGCAUUGGAAUCCCUCCUACGAUCUUCAGGCACAAGACAGAGCGUAUCGUAUCGGCCAGACUCGCGAUGUUGAGGUCUUUCGGCUGAUUUCUCUUGGUACUGUGGAAGAAAUUGUCUACGCACGCCAAGUUUACAAACAGCAACAAGCCAAUAUAGGUUACACUGCUUCAUCAGAACGUCGCUACUUUCGUGGCGUUCAGCAGGAUGCAGACCGCAAGGGCGAAAUCUUUGGUCUGACCAACAUUUUCACGUUUCACAGUGAUAGCGGCCUGCUACGUGACAUUGUCAACAAGACCAACAUUGCAGAGGCCAAAGUCGGCGUGACCCUCGCAGAAGUGGACAUGGAUCAGGCGGCCAAAAACGACAACGACCUCGUCCCUAUCAAAGCCGAACAGGGCGACGACGACAACGGUGUCGGGCAGCUCGCGGCGCUUCUCACAGCGGAGAACCAGACCCCCAAGCAAGAUGGUCGGAUAGCCACACCGCGUAGGAGCGAUGCGGUUCAAGCCAUUCUCGCAUCCGCAGGUGUCGAGUACACGCACGACAAUGCCGAGGUCGUCGGCACCUCCAAGAUUGAGGAGCAAAUCUCGCGCCGCGCCACCAUGGCUUCGUGGCAAGACGACGUGCAAGGCCAGAGCGCCCUAUUUGCCCAGGACGAGAUUCACGACCUGGAUGCGCUGCACAGUGUGUACAAUCCGCCUGAAGAUGUCCGACUGAGACAGUUUUGCGAAAUGGCACGCGAGUUUGGCUUUGCGAAUGCGCAAGACUUUGCGCUCGUCGUGGAGGGGUGGACGCAGGAGGAGCGGCGCAACUGCCUGGACACUUUUUACAAGAGAUGUCAGGAAAGGAUUGCGCGGGAGGCGGAGCAGAGGAUGGAGGAAGAGGACGUGAAAGUGAAAAAGCGGGAGCUCGAUGACGGGUCCAUACUGCAGAGCGUCGAGGUGAAGGACGAGAAUGUCAAGUUGGAGCCAGGGGUAAAGCAAGAGCCUGUGAAGCGUGAAUUGAAGGGCGAGCUCGAGGAUGAGGUCAAGGAAGAAAUCAAACCUGAGAUUAAAUCCGAGGCUAGAGGCCAAGUUAAGCAUGAGAUCAAGAACGAGGUCAAGGAUGAGUUCAAGGACGAGGUCAAGGACGGAGUCAAGGAUGAGGUGAGCGAAGAAAUCAAAGACGAGACGAAGAAUGAGGUCAAAAGCGAAGUCAAAGAUGAGAAAGAUGAGACGAAGAAUGAGGUCAAAAGCGAAGUCAAAGAUGAGGUGAAGAGUGAGUUCGUCGACAUCAAGCAUGAGACCCGCGCAAAGUCUCAGGUAAAGGAUAUCAAGAUGGCGGAUGUCAAGCCAGAAGGUGACGGCAAGAGGGUGUCCAUCUUUUUGAUUAGCGACGAUGACGAUGAUGAGCUAUAG